ACGUUGUUCAGGAAGUUUGUUCUAAACAAGAGACAUAGAACGACUAAAAAGAACGCUAAAAAUAAAAUUGACCUGCAUUUGAUUAAAACAAAAGGCAUUCAGAGCAACCAAAAACUGGAUAUAGAUAACAAGCUAAAACCGGUUAAUCGAAAGAUAGAUGUAUGCCUUCCAGUACUUAAAAGCUGUUAUUUGCUCAGAAAUAUAGCCCUAACUGUGUCACAAAUAAUAAGGUGAAAUGUUUAAUUUUCUUGGAAUUCGUAAAGACUCUAAGAAGCUGACUCCUGAGAAGGAAGCAGAUGGAUUUGUGCUAUUAGGGGAAACAAUAGAAGAGCAGAGGCAGACAAUGCAAAGAAUGGAUCAUGUUCAACAAGGAUCAAAUGUAUUAAUACAGCCUUCACAGACAAUGGCAAUGAAUCCAGCUGCAGCAUCUGUUGAGCCGAAACAAGCGAUGAAUCAAACUGCAGAAGGAGCUCCACUGAUGUCUGAGCUUCUCAGUGAUGUGCCUUUCACCUUGGCUCCCCAUAUUCUUGCAAUGCAGACAAGUUUUACUGCUAUUCCCGAUGCACUAGUUUCAGGGGACAUAAAUGAUAAUUUAGCUAGUUUUCGAUACGAUUUUACUCUGGAAAACUCUGUACUUUGUGAUUCUUAAACACGGUGUACAGAAGAUUCUUCUAUUUGAUACGUCUUUUCCUUUUCCCGUCAGUGCAAAAUCAAACCAUACUGUAUAUUUCUCCAAAGAAAGUUAAAUAAAAUGUACUGUGUAAAGUAACAUGUGUUGGCGUUACAGAAAAUAGCUUUCAGCAGUGAUGUUUGCAUUCUAUUUUGUGUAGCUGUCGGGUUGCGAUUGCCAGCUGAUUCAUAGUCUGUCGGAAGUGACAUUAUGGUUUUGCUAUUCUGCUUUCAAAAUCAGUCAUUAGUGCUGAAAAAUGAUCUUUUAUAAAUUAAAAUAUGAGAACUCCUGUAAUGUUUCACAUGCUUAUUAUUCUAGAAUCUAUGAUAUUGUUUAUAUGUACUGUGGUGUCCUUUACAGGAGAGGAAACAACUAAUUUACAAUUGAGCUUACUCAUUUAUUAGCUGCAGAAAUUGACUAGUGCAUACUGUACAUGAAUUGUGGUAUAUCUGUAAGUUAGGGGUGUGCCGAAACUCAUGUUUUCAGAGUAAUUACCUGUAAGAAAUUUUGAAGUUGUUAGGUAUUAGUUAAAUGGAAUAAAACUAAUAAUAAUUA